AUGGGGAAGUGUGCGCCGGCAGGGGGGUUCGAGAACCCGGCCUACGGAGCUUGGGGGAUCGGGGUUACCUUACAACUGACAGUUGCCCUCAUCAUGUUGUUGCUUGGACUAGGGCAUCAUGGCGGCCCAUCGCUUCUUCGGGAUGGAGACGUUGCAAGCGACAAACCAGCUGAUGAGUACAACAUUCGCUUUGUAACGAGGCCCUUCUUUGACGUCACAGGUGGCCUACAUGCGGCGUUCGGGAUCCUCAUAGGCACCCUGGCAGCGCUGGGGUACUUGGUGUCUUCUUGUUUUUUGUGUCCCCUCGCAGUUGUGGCAAUGUUGAAUAACGUGUUGCUGCUCCUGACCACGUGUUUCGGGGGUUACAUGAUGACUGGUGUCGGAAGCUUUCAGCGGACCAGCCUGAACAACCUUCGAGAUGAAGUAGAGGAAGUGAAACCAGUGAACUAUUCUGAAACCUUGGCGUACCACAACCAGGGGAUGAUAAUGUACUUCAGCGUCAUAUCCUUAGCGGUACUUGUCCCGUACAACGCCGCACUAUCGUACUCCGUUGGUAAAACAAGCGGUGCUGUCGGAACCGCCUAUUUGUUUUGUCUCACCAUCAUUGCAGUGGCGAGUUCCCUCAUUUUCUAUAUAACUGCAAUGCCGCAGAUCAGUGCUAUUGGCGCCAUAUGGCUCAUAGGUUUGGCAUUUUUGGGCAUAAUUCUGAAAUGCCAGGAGAGAUGCUGUUUUCGCGUGCUUGCCGUGUUGAGUGGGAUAGUAUUCGCGGUGGCGGCAGUCUUCUCCGUCAUUACCAUGGGAGUAUCAGCGAAGUUUUUCACUCAAUCUAGAAAGUACUUGAUCCUCUGGGGGCAGGCCACUGAGGCGGAUAACUUAGUAGAGUUCAUACGGUCCCUAAGCGACUCGGAAUACAGAUGGCUGAAAGCGACCUUCGUAUCCUACACUGGUAUAUAUUACAUUAUUGAGGCAGCACUCAGCUGCUCGAUCUUCGUGUUCAGUAUCUUCUCGAUGGCUUACGCCUUGUACAGUGCUAUUUUGAAGAAGCCACCACCUCGUCCAGAACGUCCCGAGGCCGAAUCCGAGCCCUCGGAGCAGCAAGAAUCGAAGGCGUAA